AAUUAAGAAGAGUAAGGUAGAAAAUAAAAUUGCGCUCUUUCCUCUUUAUUCUUGGAGCAGCAAGGACUAAAGAGGAAAGCACCCUUUGUUUUUUCUUCAUCAUCAUCUGGCAUCCCCUUUUGCAGCUCUAGCAACCAACAAUGGCUGGAUAUUCAAGAUGGAUUAAGCCCGAGGUAUAUCCACUCCUAGCACCAGUUGGUGCAGUUGUUGGUCUAAUGGCAAUGCAACUUGUGAGGAACGUCUACACAAACCCUGAAGUCAGGGUUACAAAGCAGAACAGAGCUGCAGGGGUGCUGGAGAAUUUUGAAGAGGGAGAGAGGUAUUCGCAACAUUUUGUAAGACGAUUUGUAAGAGGGAAGAGGCCCGAGGUUAUGCCUAACAUCAACAAGUUCUUCUCUGAUCCUGAAUGAUCAUCAUCAAAACCAACCACACUGCUAUUUUUUUUUUUCUUUUUUAGAUUUUUGAGAGUUCAUUCACCUAUGUUGUUGUAGCCGAUCAGAUGAUGUCUUUUGAUGUUUUGUUGUUUCUCUGAAUCAUUUUCUGUUCCAAAUCUAAUAAAUUUUGUUCCUGCAAAAUCAUUCCCCCCCCCCGGAUCAACGCUUUACAAAUAAUUAGAAUUUUGUUUAUUGUAGUCAUGUUUCAGUUUAACUACUAGAAAAUGGCUACUUCUUUUGGAAUGGGUAGUAGUAAUUAGAAGCGAUAGAUAACAGUGAUUCUUC